AUGGCUACUCAAUCAGGUGCUAGUAACCAGCCAGGGAAGAGCCAAUUGCCGAACCCCUAUGCAGCGGUUGCGACACUCCCCAACCCCUACGCUCAUCUAUUGCCCACCCCGCCGGGUGCAGAAGGCGCAGCACAAGGCUGGGUGCAAGACAAGCAAGAGGAAGAGCAGAAACAGAAGAAGAACGGUUCACGGUUGCUCAUCCCACCAUGCUCAGCUCUCUUCUUUACUCCGUCUCACCUUACCGGACACCGCGCGAGGUCCAGUAACCAGCCACAAAACAAGAAGCCCAAGUUCCACGGCCCCGCCCCCAAGCAAAGCUCUACCGAUGACGCCGCUUCUGCUGCCUCUCGUGCUGCCGCAGCCAGCCGCAAGGACUUCUUAAGGACUACUGAAGAAGACCUGGUCGCUGCCGACAUAUACGCUGCCAAACACCAAGCGCAACGGGGAGGCAAGAGAGGCAAGAAAAAGAGAGAGAUGAUGUUGCAACAGCAGAAGCAGCAGAUGAAGUCUCAAUGGAAUCGUCCUUACGAUCUUCAUUACCCUACCGAUAUUGACGCCUUCGCGGCUAGCUCAGAGUCCAAUUCCAUGUUCAUCAAAUUCCUCCAAAAAAUCGGAGUUGAGAACAGCAGCGACGAGUCGAAUCCAGAGUCCCCAACAAGCUCUUACUCUCGAAUGUCCUCCGCCGAGCCGAUGGAGACGUCUCCACCACCAGAAGCUCCUGAUGACGAAAAUGAUGCGUAUCGCCCUCAUAUGAGCUUCGCACCGCCUCUUGGAACAAAAUCUUCCACCCAGCUUCUGACUACUUCUCCUACUGUUAUUUCAGAAGCGUCGACUGGCGAAGAGGCAUAUAUGAUCCGCAUGCGCCUAUCACAACAGCCGAAUGUGAUCCCUAUACCUCCACCACCCCCACCUCCCGAAGACAAUCUAAUCCCAUCACUCCCGCCGGGGCCAUCUUAUGAACCCGUCCCUAUUCCUUCCCCCCCACCGCCGCCACCUGAGUCACUAAAGCCUAUCUAUUCCUCCGUGAUUGAAGGUGCGCCAGUACGCUAUGAACGACCGUCACCACCGAACCAACCGUACUCCGCCGUCAUCUCAGGCGCUCCUGUGCACUAUAAGCAACCGGAUCAAUCGGAUCUCGAGAUGGAGGAUGCUCGACCUGAGCUAACCCCCAAAAAGAAGGAGAAGAAAGAGAAGACCAAACCGAUGUCAAUCGGCGAACGGAUGAUGGCCAAAAUGGGCUACAAGAAAGGGGAAGGGUUGGGUAAGGAUAACGACGGCAUUCUCGAACCUUUGAGUCUCAAGAUAGCCAAUAGAAAGACAGUUGUGGAUUCAGGACCAACCGUUCACGUGUUCACCGGUGGAAAACGAAAGCGGGAAGACGAAGACGGCGAAUUUGGCAAGCCGUCAUCUGUCAUUGUGACUUGGGGCUGUGUUGACGGCGUCAAUUUCGCAGAGGACGCAGAUCGGUCGGACGGAGGUAUCCGGCAAGAAAUGGGCGAUUUCGGCACGAUUGAGCGUAUUCAUGUUCAUCUCGGUUCUGAAGCGUCUUCGAAAACUGUCUACAUCAAGUUCAACUCUCCAUUAGGAGCGCUUAAUGCUGUCAACCGCUUCAAAGAGGGGUUUGAGUUUCAGGGCAGGACUAUUCGCGCAUUAUACUAUGAUGAGGAUAAGUUCCGCAGGGGCAACUUUGACGAGUAGGAUAGGUUAGGUUAGGCGACUCUGGUUGUUCUGGCGCGUCGGAAUUGUGUGGGUCUUUCAAUGGAAAUCUGCAUGUGAAUUCGACGGGUUAUUUUUGAAGGAUAUGGAGAUGAACGUGAAAUAUAU